UUUCCAGGUCCUGAAGUCAGCACGCAAUUGCCGGAACUGUGACGACUGAUGGCGUGGGACUGAGGGUUACCGGACAAACCACUAGGUUCAAGAGGCCGAAAUUUCUGCCACAAGACCAGCAGAACGGACGCAGCAAUUGUGUAGUCUUUUCUGGGACAGAAUCGAUGGAAACGCUAAGCAGCCUCGCUUGCCUUCUCGCUAGAACACAUCUGAAACCGCCGUUAACUCCUUCCCACGACCACCACUACCGCCGCCGCGACUUCAAAUCGCCAAAGACAUCUCUACAGUCCCAAACACCCACAAAAAAGCACCAUCCUAUCAACACCCGCCUGAAAUCUCCACCCAGAAAAAGGAAACCGUUCAAGGAAGCGGAUGCUUUCCCAAUGUCUCUUCCCCUCCACACCAGGAAUCCAAACGCUAUAUACAAAGACAUCCAGCGAUUUGCCAGGCAGGACAAGCUUAAGGAGGCCCUCUACAUCUUGGAUUACUUGGACAAGCUCGGGAUUCCCGUUAAUCUCACCACCUUCUCUUCCCUUCUCGCCGCUUGCGUUCGCUUGAAGGCUCUGACUGAAGGAAGACAAAUCCAUACCCAUAUUCGGAUCAAUGGCCUUGAAAAGAAUGAGUUUUUGUGCACCAAGCUUGUUCACAUGUACACAUCCUGUGGUUCCAUCGAAGACGCCAAACGGGUGUUCGACGAAAUGCCCAGCAGAAGCGUCUACCCCUGGAAUGCGUUGCUUAGAGGCGGUGUGGUUUCUGGUAAAAGGCAAUAUCGUGAAGUGCUUCGUACUUUUUCCAGAAUGCGAGAGUUGGGGAUUGAGUUGAACGUGUAUAGUUUUUCUUGUUUGAUCAAGAGCUUUGCAGGUGCUUCAGCGCUUGGCCAAGGUCUAAAGACACAUGCCCUUUUGGUAAAGAAUGGGUUGCUAAGCAGUUCGAUGCUUGGGACAAGUUUGGUUGAUCUGUACUUUAAAUGUGGCAAGGUAAAGCUUGCCCGUCGUGUGCUUGAAGAAAUUGAUCAGCGCGAUAUUGUUAUGUGGGGGGCAAUGAUAGCCGGUUUUGCACAUAAUAGGUUGCAGAGGGAGGCUAUAGAUUGUGUUAGACGGAUGAGAAGGGAAGGGAUAGAUCCGAAUUCUGUGAUACUAACUACAAUUCUUCCGGUGAUUGGGGAACUGGGGGCUCGUGAACUUGGUCGAGAGCUUCAUGCUUAUGCUGUCAAGACAAAGAGUUACUCGACGCAAUUAUUUGUUCAGUGUGCUUUGAUUGAUAUGUAUUGCAAGUGUGGGGACAUGGGUUCGGGAAGAAAGGUUUUCUAUGGCUCAAAAGAGAGGAAUGCUAUUUCUUGGACUGCACUGAUGUCCGGUUACAUCUCCAAUGGAAGGCUCGAGCAGGCUCUGAGAUCAGUUGUUUGGAUGCAGCAAGAAGGAUUUAAGCCUGAUGCGGUGACAGUUGCUACUGUUCUUCCAGUUUGUACACGGUUGAGGGCUUUGAGACAAGGAAAAGAGGUUCAUUGUUUUGUUGUGAAGAAUGAUUUUCUUCCCAGCGUAUCUGUAGUUACUUCUCUUAUGAUGAUGUAUGCAAAAUGUGGUGUAUUGGAGUAUUCUUCUAGACUGUUUGAAGGUAUGGAGAAGAGAAAUGUCAUUGCCUGGACAGCCAUGAUUGAUUCAUAUGUCGAAAGCGGGUGCUUGGAGGAGUCACUUUGUGUGUUCCGGUCCAUGCAGUUGUCAAAGCACAGGCCAGAUUCAGUUGCAAUAGCAAGGAUAUUGAGUGUUUGUCGGGAAUUAAAAGCGUUGAAGCUAGGUAAGGAGAUACAUGCACAGGUCCUGAAGAAAGAUUUUGAGUCAAUCCCAUUUGUGUCUGCAGAAAUCGUGAAGAUGUAUGGUGCUUGUGGAGCAAAUGACAAAGCAAAGUUGGCUUUUGAAGCAAUCCCCAUCAAGGGAUCACUGACAUGGACAGCCGUCAUAGAGGCUUAUGGAUAUAAUGACCAUUAUCAGGAUGCAAUUGAUCUUUUCAAUGAGAUGAGAUCUGGUGGUUUUUCUCCAAAUCAAUAUACUUUUAAAGCAGUUCUCUCUCUCUGCGAGAGAGGUGGAUUUGCAGAUAAAGCUUGCCAGAUCUUCAAUUUAAUGACCCGAAGAUAUAACAUCAAACCAUCGGAACAACAUUACUCCAGCAUCAUUGGUCUUCUCACCCGCGUAGGUCGCAUUGAGGAGGCUCAAAGGUUGAGGAAGUCCUAGACAAAUUUGAGAUCGGGUAUGAUAAGAACUUUUCAAAGGUGAGAAAAGCUAGUCAAAAGCUCAAUCCUUGGAUGAAUCUAGCAAUGAUAGGCUCCAAUACAUUAUCAAGUAAUUAUCUCUAAGACUUGAUGCUUCAUUGUUUUAGAUUUUUAGUCUAUAA